AUGUUAGGAGUAGUAGUACCAAUAUUGGUGGUGGUUGUAUUAGCGGCUGCAACAAGUAGUAGUACAACAUCUGCACAAGCCUUGCCUAACUGUCCCGAUCGCUGCGGUGAUGUGAAAAUCUCCUAUCCAUUUGGCACUGUUAAAGGUUGUUACCUGCGAGAUGAGUUUUUUAUCAACUGUACUAGUGCUGAAGGCAAUGCCUCAGUAGCAAAACUCACGAGUCCUCCCUCAUCGUCACCAACAUCACCAUUGACUGAUCUCAUUGUUACUGACAUAAGCCUUGACAACGCUGAGUUGCGUAUCUUGUCCUCUGUAUACCAAGACUGCGGCGACCGCAAAGAGACCCUGAACAAGUGGCUUCGGCUGCCCUCUCCUUUUGCAUUUUCCACCAAAAACAUCUUCUUUGCCGUCGGCUGUGCCACUUUUGCAAAAUAUCGAGGUUACCAAUAUCGUCCCUCCGGCAGGAUCCUGGGCCCAGAUGAUGAUCAAGCCUACAACAAAAGCGGCUUUGCCGUAACCCAAUGUGAUGAUAGUUUUGGCACCACUUGCUCUGGCAAUGGCUGUUCCCAAUCUUCAAUCCCGAGUGGACUGCAAAAUUUCACUGUUGAGUCUUUGUUAAGCAUCAGCAUAAAUGGCUAUAUCCCUAAUCAGGGAAAGUGGUACAGUCCAUACUUAGGGUGCAACUACGGCUUCCUUGCGGAAGAAGGCAACUUCUCAUUCUCCCCCAAUAUAAGUUUUGCCCAACUCCAAAAGUACAGAAGGCUGCUGGUCCCAACCACAACGGUGAUUAAUUGGCAAGUUGGGGAUGAGCCGUGUGAAGAAGCUCAAAAGAGCAAGGGAAGUUAUGCUUGUAAGGGAAAUAGCACGUGCGUCAAUUGGUCCAAUGUCAAUGAGGGUGGAUAUGGUGGAUGGCAUCUAGGCUACAUUUGCCGGUGCUUGCCAGGUUACCAAGGGAAUCCAUACCUUGCAGAUGGUUGUCAAGAUAUCAAUGAGUGUCAGAGUUCAGACCGCUGCAGGACAGAAGAACUCUGCGUAAAUCUACCAGGACAGUAUAAAUGUGAUCCCAAUCAAUUGAAGACAUCUCUGAGGUUUUUAAUUUCAUUUGGUAUCUUUGCAUCAGUCUUUGUGAUAGUGGUUGGAGGUUUAGGGUCGAUAUAUUGGGAAAUGAAGAAACGAGAGUACAUGAUUUUGAAAGAAAAGUAUUUUGAAAAAAAUGGUGGUUUAUUGUUACAACAGCUUGCUAAUCAUCAUGGAGUGGAGAUGGCCAAAAUAUUUACUGCAGAAGAACUUGAGAAGGCCACAAACAAUUAUCAUGAAAGCAGAGUCCUUGGUGAAGGAGGUUGUGGAAUAGUUUACAAGGGAAUAUUGCAGAAUGACAGAACGGUUGCCAUAAAGAAGCCCAAAGUUGGUAACUCAUCCCACAGUACUACCCCAACCCACUGCACUCCCAGUCAGCAGUUUGUUAAUGAAGUGAUUAUUCUUUCACAAAUCAACCACAUAAAUGUGGUGAGGUUAUUGGGUUGUUGCUUGGAGACAUCGGUGCCUAUACUCGUUUAUGAGUUCAUCACUAAUGGCACCCUUUUUAAGCACCUUCAUGGAGAUAAAAGGGGAAAAAGAUCAUCACCACCACUUUUUUGGGAUUUACGAUUAAAGAUAGCAACAGAAACUGCAGGUGCAUUGGCAUACUUACACUCCUCCACUUCGACGCCAAUAUUACAUCGAGAUGUGAAGACAAUGAACAUACUACUAGAUGAAAACUACACUGCAAAAGUCGCUGACUUUGGAGCUUCACAAUUGAUUCGACCUCUUGAUGAAAAGCAAAUGACAACUUUUGUGCAAGGGACACUCGGAUACUUGGACCCUGAAUAUUUUCACUCGGAUGAAUUUACAGAAAAAAGCGACGUCUAUAGCUUUGGAGUUGUCCUAGUGGAGCUACUGACAAGUAAAAAGGCAUUUUCUUUUGCAAGGCCAGAUGCAGAGAGAAACCUUUCAAAACUGUUUGUUUCUUCGGUGGAAGACGGUCGCUUGAAGGAAAUUCUUGACAAUGACAUGGUCGAUGAGGCAAAUAUUAAUGAUACAAUGGUACUAGAAAAUGUGGCUUAUCUGGCAAAGAGAUGUUUGAGAGUAAAAGGGGACGAAAGGCCUACUAUGAAAGAAGUAGCCAUGGAGCUAGAGUGUUUAUAUAAAGGAUUGAGUUCUAUUUAUGAUAUGACACAUAAGCAUUACUUUAUUUGUCAAGACGAGACUGAUGAGGACUUGCUGGGAUCAUCAACUUCAAAUACUGCUGACGUUGCUGCAGAUGUUCUUUGA